AUGGCCAAUGUUGUUACACAAAAUAGGCUGCAACUUGGGCUAUCCUUGCUUCAGCUUCUUGUGGCAUCCGUGGGCCAGCACCACUCGUGGAGAGAUGUUUCAAAGAUUCUUGAGCGUUGCACGCGAGAUUGCAAAGGGCCACCUUUAUGCAUGACGUUCGGUAGGCAGCGUGACUUACUUCCAUUGCCCUUGCCUGCCUUUGGUGCUACCCUUAAGUUGGCUCGGAUGCUAAAGUGCCCUGCCUCAGGACUGGUGUUAUGGAAUCCUUCAAUCACCAAACAGGUGGGGCGGCAGCAGCUGAAGAAGCUUUCCCAUGCAGCUUGCGUUCAGACUUGGCGAUUGUUGGGGGUUAUGAUUCUCAAUGCUGAAGCCACGGGUUGGGAACGGCUCGCGCCGGCGAGGGAAGCGCUAGAGUUCCUCGGGAGGCAGUGCGAGUGGUGGUCUCGCCGUGCCCUGGAGGUGUUUCACGUGCGGGGGGAGCCCGUAUUGAAUGGGGUGUUCGCUGUGGAGAAGAGUGGCACCCCCUCUCCGGGGGUUUUGCUUUGGAGCGGGGAUGACCAAAAGGGCGCCUUUUACGCCUGGCGAUUGCCGGGGGCUUGGAGGGGAUUGAUGACGUUCAAGAUGCCCGUUCCGGGGGAAAUCGUGGGCCGUCCCGAUGUGGAAACCAUUUAUGUUGCCGCGGCUGUGAUCCCAAUGGGUUGGCGGUUGGCUAAAUGCGGGCUUGACCCUGCAGGCGAGUGGCGACGUGAUCGACCAGUCCCCAAAGGUGCUGUGGAGCAAGGCGGGACUUGGUACCAGUACUACCUUGACAAUUUCGAUUGCCCCGAAAAGGUAUCGCGACACACAUGGAAAUCCAUGGUUGGCACACUUUCACCUGUUCAUGCUAAGCAACGGGCCGCCUAUGAUCCCGUGGGCGUGGGGAUUUCACGGAAAAAAGAACACAUUCGUGAACCCUGUGUUACAAGGAUGGGCGCUGAAAUUGAUGGUGUUGAAGGCCGGUUGUCAGCGCCAACGGAAAAGAUGCUGGAGGUUGGCUGGUUAACCAUUUGGAUGCUGGCAAAACCAGUGGUGAGCCCUAGAAUGCUGAUGGUUUUGUUGGGCAGGUUCACUCGUUGCUUUGAGUUUCGGCGACCACUGAUGGGUUUAUUGAACGUUUCAUGGCCCAAGUCCAUGUGGUGUCGGCCACGAAAGCUUACAUCGGGGAAGGCGGAGGAGCUUUUGAAAGCAGCGGGGCUGUUGCCCCUUGCCUGUGCUCUUCUGCGCACUCCAGUGUCGGGGCUGGUUACCUGCUCAGAUGCCUCUACCCUGGGAGGAGGAAUGUGUGCAUCCUCAGGUUUGACCGCAUGGGGUGAACAAUGCUUGAACGAGCUGAGCUGGGGUGGUGUGGAUGGUGAAUUCUUCAGACCUCAAGGCAGCAUUGGAGGGAGUAUCAACACAGGCCCCCGUGUGUUGGUGGUUUCCCUCUUCGAUGGGGUGGGAUCCAUCAUGUGCGCUGCGACUCGCUUGCCCCUCAUGGUGCGGGGGUAUGCCUCUUCUGAAAUCGAUAAGGAUUGCAUGCGACUCACCCGUACACGAUGGCCUGGCAUCAUUGAGCUAGGGGACAUACGGAAGAUCACCACCAAGGUCAUUGACCAACUUGCGGGUUCGAUUGGCUACCGCCUGGACCUUGUUCUGUUGAGUGCAGGAUGCCCAACCUCCGAUUACGAGCAAGCAGACAUUUGGUUGAAAGAAAUCAAGCGGGUGGAAUUCCUGUCAAGGCAGGCCUUUUCAGUGCCCGUGGAAUCCUUGAUCGAAGCGAUGUUCCCCCUCAGUCGCGAAAGUCUGGAUGUGUUCAACCAUGCACUGCAACAUAAGCCUCUCCUCGUUGAUGCAAAACACUUGAGCUGGAUGCGCAGGCCCAGGUUGUUCUGGCUGACAUGGGCAGUGACGGCUGUGGGUGAUGAAACUUUGCAUGACUCAGGUGAUUGUCUUGAGUGGCGCCUGGGGGGAACGCGUGAGCAUAAGCAAUCAUGGGUCGAUGGAGAGGGGCAAUGGCUGUCACAGGAUGGCAUUUUGCUACCCGAUUACAGUUCGCCCACUCCUCGGCGCAGCAUCCCUCGUGCAGCCUCAGGCUUGGAUGAAGCGUCCGAGCUGGCAAAGGCACGUUGGGCUGCUGACUCGUACAAGUUGCCAGUGAAGCAUUAUGAGAGCGAGCACAUGAUUACUAAUGCUGAUGGUUCUUUGAGGCUUUUGAAACUGGUGGAAUGGGAAAAGCUAAUGGGCUUCGACGAUCAUUAUAAUCAAGGCGGACAAUUACUUGGUGGCGCGUUCAACGUUUUUGUUGUCAUGGUCAUUCUUGAUGAGCUCUUCUUUUCAUAUGCAGGUUCUCGCAACAGGUUGAAAUCCGAUUUCUUCAGUCGGGGAGUUGCUCCCAAAUCGUGGACCCAACGACCGUCAUUUGUCAAACAAAGCGAACCCACAAAAGAAGUCAGCAAUUUGGUCUCCCAUUCCCUGAGAGUUGCAGAGCGCGGGGGGACUGAUGUGCGCCUCGACGUUGGGGUGCCAUUUCGUGCAAAGGCGUGGCCGCGAAGUGGUGUUCAGAGUUCUCUUUUCCAGUGGGCCAUUAUUCAUGGUUACUCGUGGGCGCACCCCGCACACAUCAACUCAGUCAAGUGGCGUGUCAGGCGUGCCAGUAAUUGCUGUCAUCGCGCUUUAGUGUUGAUUGACUCGCAAGUUGUUUGUGCCAUCAUUGCAAAGGGCCGUACUAGCAGUGGAAAGCUCAGAAGGUCCCUGCAAUCCCUGAACGCUGUUUGUCUCGCUGCAGGGCUCUACCUUACUGUAGCUUAUGUCGACACGGGGAACAAUCCGGCCGACAUUCCCAGCCGAUGGCCCAAUCUCACUUUGAGAGAGCAGCAAGUCUCGCCAGCGAUGUCGCAGAGAUACUCCCAUGCAGUGCUUGCGUUUUUGACUUUUAUGGCUGACUCAAGUCUUGUCAUACAACGUAUUUCGCAAUUUGAUGAUGCGGCCUGCGCCUGGUUAGAGUUUCUUUACGCCGAUGGGCAGCGAAAAGGCCUUGCAAGCGAUGGGCUUGCCGGCAUCCAACACUUCCUGCCCCGGUGCAUUGGCCGGUUGCGUCAAAGUUGGAAGCUGCUCAAGGUCUGGCAGAAAGUGGAGCCGCCCAUGCGAGUCCUGCCGAUGAGCCCUCUGAUACUCUUGGGAAUGGCAGGUUUGGCGGCGAGGCUUUGCAUGCCAGAUGUCUCUGCUGGACUGCUUAUCUGUUUUGACGGCAUGCUGCGGAGUGGUGAGCUCUACACUUUGGCCGUCGGUGAUGUGACCUUUUAUCGUCAGCACGCCGUACUUAGGUUGGGUCUUACCAAGAGUGGCAAACGAACGGGUAAAGAAGAGAUGGUCGUCAUCAACAGCGUGGUGGCCGUCAACUGGUUGCGCGUGGCUUGCAGAAACAGACCCUUUCGUGAGCCUCUCCUGCGCAAGGGCGCGGAUCACUUUCGCAAAUGCUUUAAGCUCUUCCUUUGUGCCUUCUCUCUAGAGGGCUUGCUGUUGAACGUGUACUCGCUUAGGCGUGGUGGUGCCACUUGGGAUUUCCUUUCCCACCAAAGCAUGGAAAGAACGCUACUGCGGGGAAGAUGGUCUUCGACGUCAUCCGCGCGCGUGUACCUGCAGGAUGCAACAGUGAUGGUUGCACAUUUGCGUCUCAACAAUGAUCAGGUUUGCCUCGCAACUACUGCUGCUCAGAUUCUUCAAACGGCGUAA